AAACCAAGAUGGAGGACAGGGACGGCUUGGCCUCAGGGCCCCGGAGCAUGACGGGAAAAAGCAGGUGGAGGCGGGGACGCGCUCGCGCGUCACGUGACCCCCGGCCUCCUGCCUUUCUGCCCAGCGCGCCAACUCCGAACCGAGCGGCGUAGCCAUCAGGAAAUCUGGGAAUCUUAAUGGGAGCAGAGAAACAUGCCCAAGAUAACACUGAAUGGAGUCACGGUGGAUUUUCCCUUCCAACCAUACAAAUGUCAGGAAGAUUAUAUGGCCAAGGUUUUGGAGUGUCUGCAGAAGAAAGUGAAUGGAAUUUUGGAGAGUCCCACAGGCACAGGAAAGACCCUAUGCCUUCUCUGCACCACCCUGGCUUGGCGAGAGCACUUCAGAGACACCAUCUCAGCACGGAAGAUUGCUGAAAGAAUGAACGGAGAAGAACUCUUCCCCAACAGGCCCAUGUCAUCCUGGGGGACCGCCGCCACAGAUGGAGACACUACAGCUUAUUACACUGAUGUUCCAAAGAUCAUUUAUGCCUCCAGAACCCAUUCUCAACUUACCCAGGUCAUUGGUGAAUUACGGAGCACCACGUACAGACCAAAGGUGUGUGUAUUGGGCUCCAGGGAGCAGCUGUGCAUAAACCCCGAAGUGAAGAAGCAGGAGAGUAAUCAUAUGCAGAUCCACAUGUGCCGCAAGAAGGUAGCCACUCACAGUUGCUAUUUCUACAACAAUGUGGAAGAAAAGAGCACAGAAAAAGAACUGAUCACCUCCAUCCUGGACAUCGAAGAUUUAGUUAAAAGCGGCAGUAAACACAAAGUUUGCCCUUAUUAUUUCUCUCGGUCACUGAAGCAGCAAGCGGAUAUCAUUUUUAUGCCGUACAACUAUUUAUUGGACUCCAAGAGUCGCAGGGCUCACAACAUCGACCUGAAGGGGACAGUAGUGAUAUUUGAUGAAGCUCACAAUGUGGAGAAGAUGUGUGAGGAGUCAGCCUCAUUCGACCUGACUCCUUAUGACUUGGCAUCUGGCCUGGAUGUUAUAAACCAAGUCCUGGAGGAGCAAGCCAAGGUGUUACAGCAGAAUGAAAUCCAGGCAGAGUUCAACAUGGAGUUUGCCAAUUCAGGACUAAACAUGGAGCUGGAAGAUAUAGCCAAGAUCAAGAGCAUUCUCCUUCAGCUGGAAAGUGCUAUUGAUGCCAUUGAGCUUCCAGGAGAUAGCAGUGGAGUUACCAAGCCAGGAAGCUACAUCUUUGACCUGUUUGCCAAAGCCCAAAUCAACUUUCAGACCAAGUGCUCCCUCCUGGAGUCUUUGGAACAGAUCAUCCAGUUCCUGGCGGGACGAGCGGGGAUCUUCACCAACACAGCUGGAUUGCAGAAACUUGUGGAUAUCAUCCAGAUUGUUUUCAGUAUCGACCCUCCAGAAGAUGCAGCCAGCUUUAUGGUGGGACAGAAAGCAUCACAGUACUACAAGGUCCACAUCCACCUGGAUACCAGUAAUCGGAAAAAGACCCAGAGGACUGAUGCUUGGAGUGCUCCUGUAACUAAAAAACAAGGAAAGGUCUUGAGUUACUGGUGUUUCAGCCCCGGCUACAGCAUGCACGAGCUGGUCCGACAGGGAGUACGUACCAUCAUCCUCACCAGCGGAACCCUCGCUCCGAUUUCCUCCUUCACGAUGGAGAUGCAGAUUCCGUUUCCGGUUUCCUUAGAGAACCCCCAUGUGAUUGAUAAGCAUCAGAUCUGGGUGGGGAUUGUCCCCAAAGGUCCCGAUGGAGCCCAGCUGAGCUCUGCAUAUGACAAAAGGUUUUCUGAAGAAUGCCUGUCUUCUCUGGGAAAAACUGUAGGGAACAUCGCCCGGGUCGUGCCCCAUGGACUUCUGGUGUUCUUCCCGUCAUAUCCCGUCAUGGAUAAAAGCCUUGAGUUUUGGAGGGCCCAUGAUUUUGCCAAGAAGAUAGAAGAUCUAAAGCCAAUGUUUGUGGAGCCAAGAAGCAAGGGGGGCUUCACUGAGGUCAUCGAUGCAUAUUAUGAAAAGAUAGCUUGCCCCAAGUCCAGUGGGGCGACUUUCUUGGCGGUGUGCCGGGGGAAGGCCAGCGAGGGCUUGGAUUUUGCGAACAUGAACGGCCGAGGGGUCAUCAUCACCGGUCUCCCGUUCCCGCCGCGCAUGGAGCCCAGGGUCAUCUUAAAGAUGCAGUUCCUAGAUGAGAUGAAGGGGAGGAGUGGAGCUGGAGGUCAGUACCUGUCAGGACACGAAUGGUACCGGCAGCAGGCCUCCCGGGCAGUCAACCAGGCCAUUGGCAGAGUGAUCCGGCAUCGCGAGGACUAUGGGGCCAUCUUCCUCUGUGACCACAGGUUCACGAACAGUGAUGCCAGAGCCCAGCUGCCCUCCUGGGUGCGCCCUCACGUAAAGGUGUACGAUAACUUCGGCCACAUCAUCCGGGACGUUGCCCAGUUCUUCCGGGUUGCGCAGAAAAUCAUGCCCAUGCCCUUCCCCCGGGCCACCAUCCAGAGCCCGGCCGGAAGAGAAUGCAGUCCUGCUGCCUAUGGUUCUUCCAGCUCCCUCCUCUUGCCCAAGAAGGCCAAGAGCCUGGAUGUGCACGUUCCCAGCCUGAAGAGAAAAUGGUCAGGACCCCCGGGGGACGGGGACGGCGCUGCCAGCCUGUGCGUGGAAUACGAGCAGGAGCUGAAUUCCUCCCGGAGGCAGCCCAUGGGACUCCUGGCCGCCUUGGAUCACACUGAGAAGAGAAGGGAGGACCUGGACGAGUCCGAACCCUUGCCCAGGGAAGAGAAGGCUCAGCGUGUCUCUACACUGUCCCUCCAGUAUGAGAAACGGCUGACAGAUGAGCAGAAAGGAGGCAGGAAGAAAAUCAAGAUCGUCGCCAGUGUGGGUGAGCAGGGGCCGAUUCCCAGAGAGCAGGCCGGCAAGGCCAAGUCGUUCAUGGUGUCGGUGAAGCAGUCCCUCAGUCAGGCCAGCUUUAGCCUGUUCACCCGGGCCCUGCAGCAGUACAAGGCGACGGACAACUUCAACACUCUGCUGGCAGAAAUCAGCUCCCUGUUUGUGGAGGACCCCAAGAAGCACAGUCUGCUCCGAGAGUUUUAUCAGUUUGUCCGGCCCCACCAUAAGAAGCAAUUUGAGGAAGCAUGUCGGAAACUGACCGGUCAGGGCUGUGGCUACAAACCUGAGCACAGCCUGUCACGCCAGGAGAGAGAGCAGCUGGCCCAAGAAGACCCAGAUGAAGGGAAGAAGCAGCUCAAACCGAAGAUAACCUUCUCUGAAGGGUCAUCAGAACAGCUGAACUGUGACAUCCACUUGAAUCAGGGGGGAGCUCACUUGUCCUCUCUGCUGCAGCCUAAAGGAGUGAGCCGCCCCCACGUGCCAAGCGCCAGCUCCCAGGAAGAGCCCGGAGCCCCCGGAGAGAAGAGCAGUCAGGCAGCGGUGGCGGCUUACCUCGCGGACAUCCGGAGGUCACUCGGCCAAAGCGGUUGCAGCCAGCUGACCGCGGCCCUCUCUACGUACAAGAAGGAUGACAACUACGAGGCGAUGGUGCCUGUGAUAGCUGCCCUCACCACAGAAAAACCUGAGGAUUUCCACCUGCUGGAAAGGUUCUCCAUGUUCGUCCGCCCUCAUCACAAGCAGCAGUUCCACCAGAUGUGCCAGGACUUAACAGGAAUGAGUUCCAGCGAGGGGAAGCAGGACCCAGCCCCCGGGAGCCCCAAGGAGCCACCCGGCCCUAGUUCCCUAGCACAGGCGGCGGCAGCAGGACCCUCUCCAGACACCAAAAAGAGUGAGAAGUGCAAGAAAACACAAAGCAAAAUUUCCACCUUCUGCUGUAAAGAGAGCAAAUCUGACCCUCCAGAAAUUCCAGAGGCAGCUGGCUGCCUUCGGGUCCUUCCAGAGCCCGAUCUGAUCCCCACUUUUCCCUGCCGUGCUGAGCCCGGGUGGAAAGGAUUCCAUUGUCCAGGUUGCAAAGCUGAGGACGUUGUGCCCUUUCAGUGCCAGGGUUGUAACUUCUAUUCCUGCAAGGCAUGCUGGCAGCAGCACCUCAAGACCAUUAAGAAAUGUCCGGCGUGCCAAGCCAGCACUAAGAAGAGGAACCUCACCCAAGUCUUCUUUUGGAAAAAUCCCCAGUGACAGAGGAGGCCUUGGAGGAUGUGGGCCCCUUGUCCUGAGGCUGAUAAUCCUUCUUGCUCUCCUGGAGCCACAGCCCAACACCCCUCAAGAUGCGUGCCCCACCUCUGAGGCCGGAACAGCUCCACCGAUGGACCAGCGCAGAUGGGGGGAGUGGCCAGUCUCCGGAGAUGGGAGUUGGUUUCAGUCUCCACCAGGAGCCUCAAGGAACGCCUGGAACUCAUCGGCUGUGGUUGGGGUGUGUGCGUAUGAGGGGACUGGGGGAAUCACCUCUCCAGUGCCAUUUUCAUUCCACCCCCGGGCCUGGGGCCUAAAGGUCCCUGAGGUUUCUAACCAUAAGGUUUCCAACAGUGUUUUUCAGUAGUGAGGGAAAGCCCUGGAACCAAGGGGAGGGUUGAACCAUUUGGACAUUUGGUUUUGUAACCCUGUCUGACCACCAACCAAAGCUCGAUCCCCUGCAGGAUUAAAUUCUUGGCGCUUAA